UACCCGUUUCAGUGGUUCAGGUCGUCUAGACUUGGUGGGAAUGUUUCGCUUCACAUUCUCUCCCUUCCGUCAUCGCCAUCCCUUACUUAGGGGCCUAUAUACAGACAUCAUCCGCCAUGCCGACCACUCUUCGAAACCUCAGCCAGAUUUCUUUAUUCGUUUGGAUAAGAGCAAGGCAUCAUGGUUCCUUACUCAGGAGCCACCAUGCGCAUCCUCGUCGCCAUUCUACUUGCCAGCAGCAACACCGCCUCCGCGGCGGCUGUCCCACUCCCGGACUCCAACACUGACAUCCACGCACGCGAAGCACUGCCUAAAAAUGACGUGAAAACAACACUGGUCUCGGACGCCGACUCAGCAAUCUUUCUCUCCGACCUAAAGGAAUUCCUCAGCCGGUACGAUGUCAGUGAUGUCUUCGCGGAUGCAUUUGCGAAGCUGUUCGGCACCUCUGUGGAAGGGGCUCAAGGGGUCCAAGGAGGGAAGCAGCAGGAUACGACGACUUGGGAUUUCUUUCCGACCGGGCCGGAUACGACGUCUCUGGUGCAGACGCUGGUUGUGGAGCCGGUGCUGGUUGAGAGCUUUACGGACAGUUCGAGCGCAACCACGACGCUUGUUACGAUCAUCUCGCCCACGACCUCGGAAGCUCCGACCCUUGAGCCAGUGAGUCCUGAGCCAACGUUGUCCGGGACUGACGACGUUGUUCAAAUCCUGCCGUUUCCCUUCCCCAUUGACACAAGCGGCGUCUCCAUCUCCGUGGACGUCACCGUCUCGCCGUCUCUCCCAGAGGUGACGGACAUCCCAUCCCUCACGCCAGUACCCAUCGACCUGAAGUGCCGUUCACGCCCGGCCUCCCUGAACCCACUCCCACGCCCAUCACGGAUUCAUGGUGGUGGUGGCCGUGGGACUGGCUCCCCACGCCGCUGCCGGAAUUUUCGGAAACGAUCACGCUGGACGGGCAGACGGUGACGUGGGACGAGAUUGAGCCUACCCUUGACGUUGAGACGCCACUACCUGAACCUACCACGACGCCGCCGGUCGAAGAGGAAGA